AUGCCCGAAACACUUGAGGCAGGUUUGCGCAUGCGACUCACAACCGUGGCGGGAGGAUCCGCAAUUGCCAACGAUGUUAAACAGUCCUCUGGCGAAUGUGCCCACCAGUGGGAACGAACAUAUGCUGAGGACGACGGUGAAUGGGAAGACGAAGAUCUGUAA